CCAUCGCUUCGCCAGGUGUGUCUUUUUCGUCGACUCACUCGAGCAUGCCAUUGACUCGCUAUUUUUAGUUUGCCUCUUUCAAGAUUUGCUCGUAUCGAUGCCUUGAUCGGAAGCGGUUCCGCCGUCCUCGCGACAAGACUAUCUCACCUAUACAGUCCGAAGCUCUCCCCAAGGAGCGCGUGACGACGACCGAUCGAGAUGUUCACCUUCACCCCGUUGCUCGGUGCUCAGUCAUCCGCCUCAAAGGCAUCGCAAUCGAUCUUGGAGCUUGAAGGAGGGAUAAAGAUUCUGGUGGAUGUCGGCUGGGAUGACACCUUCGAUCCUCUUGAUCUGCAGGAAUUGGAAAAACAUGUUCCUACUCUAUCGUUGAUCCUUCUAACCCACGCGACUCCUGCCCACAUCGGUGCCUUCGCCCAUUGCUGCAAGACCUUCCCUUUGUUCACCCAGAUUCCCGUCUACGCCACGAGUCCCGUGAUCGCCCUCGGCCGCACGCUUCUACAGGACUUAUACGCGUCUUCGCCUCUCGCCGCGACCUUCCUACCCAAAGCCUCGAUCUCCGAACCCGGGGCAUCCACCUCCGCCGCGUCGGCCGCAGCAUCUGUUGCACAAGGCGACGAGAGCCCAGAGGCCACGCACGCUGGUCGCAUCCUGCUUCAGCCCCCCACCAACGAGGAGAUCGCGCGAUACUUCUCGCUGAUCCACCCCCUGAAAUACUCGCAACCUCAUCAACCGCUUUGUUCCCCUUUCUCCCCUCCUUUGGACGGCCUGACAUUGACUGCCUACAAUGCUGGACACACGGUUGGUGGUACGAUAUGGCAUAUUCAACAUGGGAUGGAAUCGAUCGUCUACGCGGUCGACUGGAACCAGGCCCGCGAGAGUGUCGUCGCGGGAGCGGCGUGGUUUGGCGGCUCCGGCGCGAGCGGGACUGAGGUCAUCGAGCAGCUGCGCAAGCCAACAGCGCUCGUGUGCAGUACCAGGGGUGGUGAAAAGUUCGCCCUCCCUGGUGGAAGGAAGAAGCGCGAUGAUCUGCUGCUCGACAUGAUCCGAAGUACGGUCGCCAAGGGAGGUACUGUCCUGAUCCCGACGGAUACGAGCGCUCGCGUCCUGGAACUGGCCUAUGCAUUGGAGCACGCCUGGCGCGAUGCAGCGCAAAAUGGUCAGGGUGAUGAUGUGCUGAAGACCGCGGGACUUUAUAUGGCCGGCAGGAAGGCCAACACGACCAUGAGACUUGCCAGGAGUAUGCUGGAAUGGAUGGAUGAGAAUAUUGUACGUGAGUUCGAGGCUGCAGAGGGUGCCGAUGCGACGACCGGCCAAGCGCAGUCAAACAACGACGGCCCGCGGUCCGGAGGCCAGGGCAAGACUGAAGGCAAGGGAGUGGGCCCAUUCACAUUCAAGCACCUGAAGCUUGUUGAGAAGCGGAAGAGUUUGGAGAGGAUUCUCGCCGAUCAAAAACCAAAAGUCAUCUUGGCUUCUGACGCAUCAUUGGAUUGGGGAUUCGCAAAGGAGUCGCUCCGCCUGGUGGCCGAGGGCGCCAACAACCUGCUUCUUCUUACAGAGCCUCUGCACAAGGAGAACGUUUCCGACGGUCAUCGCGAAAGCCGCUAUAGGAAGACUCUGGGCGGCAUGAUCUGGGAAUGGUAUGAGGAAAGAAAGGACGGGGUCGCUCUCGAGAAGAGCUCGGACGGCGAGAUGCUGGAACAAGUGCACAGCGGCGGAAGGGAGCUCUCAUGGUCUGAAGUGCGCCGCGCGCCUCUCGACGCCGGCGAGCAACUGCUCUACCAACAAUAUCUCGCUACGAAAAGACAACUCCAGGAUACCUCUCAAACAAGAGGACAGGAAAACCUUGACACUGCCGCAGACGCGCUGGACGACCGGUCUAGUUCUACGUCUGAAGAUUCCGAGACCGAACAACAGGGAAGAGUGUUGAACUUCUCCACCUCCCUGGCCCAUGCCAACCGCAACAAGCUGGGGCUCAGCGAUGAAGAUCUCGGCGUUAAUAUUCUCCUGCGGCGGAAGAACGUCUAUGAUUGGGAUGUUCGCGGCAAGAAGGGCCGCGAGCGAAUGUUCCCCUACGUGGCUCCCCGCAAGCGGGGAGAUGAGUACGGCGAAUUCAUUAGACCCGAGGAGUAUCUCCGUGCGGAGGAGCGCGAAGAGGCCGAUAUGCAACAGCGUCGGACCGACUCACAAAUGAGGCUGGGACAAAAACGGAGAUGGGACGAGAGCGGACCCAACGGACGCCGGCUGUCUGGUAGUGGAGGAAAGCGCCACCAAGGGCCGGGCGGUGCAGCGAAGAAAGAUCUUAGCACAGCUGAUGAGCUGAGCGUGAUGGAGGACGGUGAGGGCGCCGAUGCCGCUGCCUCCUCUGAUGACGAGCAGGAAAGCCAGGCGUUCGAAGGACCGGCCAAGGCGGUUUACGAGAAGGCGAGCCUGACCAUCAACGCGCGCCUUGCUUUUGUUGACUUUACGGGCCUGCACGACAAACGAAGCUUGGAGAUGCUCAUUCCACUCAUCCAGCCCCGGAAACUGAUCCUGAUCGGAGGCAUGAAGCAGGAAACGACGGCGUUGGCCGACGAGUGCCAGAAGCUUCUGGCAGCCAAGGUCGGCGUCGACGUGCCGGCAUCCGCGGAUUCGGCGGUUAUCUUCACUCCUGCCAACGGCGAGAUGGUCGACGCCAGUGUUGACACGAACGCUUGGAUGGUCAAGUUGAGCAAUAACCUGGUCCGACGAUUGAAGUGGCAGCAUGUGCGCAGCCUGGGGGUGGUCACACUGACGGGCCAGCUCCGGGGACCUGAGCCCUCUCCUCAAGCGGAACAGGAUCCGGAAGGUCCCCACAAGAAACAGAAAGUGCUGCUGCAGGACGAAGCCACGCCGGCCACGGAUUCGGAAGCAGAAUCGACGAAACAGCAGCAGCAGCAGCAGCCGCAGCCGCCACCGCCACCGUCACCAGAACCAGCUCCGCCGACCGACAAAACCGAUGUCUACCCCUUGCUGGAUGUCCUGCCGGCCAACAUGGCGGCGGGAACGCGAUCCAUGACCCGGCCUCUCCACGUGGGCGACCUCCGGUUGGCGGACUUGCGCAAGCUCAUGCAGGGGGCCGGCCACACCGCGGAGUUCAGGGGUGAAGGAACACUGCUGAUUGAUGGGAUGGUGGCGGUGCGCAAGUCGGCGACGGGCCGGAUUGAGAUCGAAGCGUCGGCGCAGUCAGCAGCGAUGGUGCCCGGUCGUAAAGGGGCGGGGAGUUUCCUGGCCGUGAAGCAGAAGAUCUAUGAGGGAUUGGCAGUUGUGUCGGGGAGUUGAGCGAGUUGGUCGGAUCGAGAAUAUGUACUGUACCAUCUGUGUGUAUGUCUGUGUGUAGCUUGUAGCUUGAAUCAAGACGAG